AUGAGCCUCCGCCUGCCUCUCCAAGAAGGCAAAUUCGCCACCAUCACCAGCGUCUACGCUCCCCCGAUGACCAGCCCCGACACCGCAAGGGACAAAUUCUACGAGGACCUACACGUCCUCCUGGCGACUGUGACAAACAUGGAUACGUCGACUGUCCUUGGUGACUUAAACGCCCGCGUCGGCACAGAAGACCAUGCUACCUGGAGAGGAGUGCUAGGACGCCAAGGUCUCAACUGCUCCAACGACAAUGGCCUGCUCCUUCUCCGCAUCUACGGAGAGCACCGACUCAUCCUGCCCAACACAUGCUUCCGCCUCCCGAUGCGAGAGAAGGCCACCUGGAUGCACUCUCGGUCGCGUCAGUGGCACCUGCCUGGCAGUCCCCGUCCGGAGGCAAGACCAGCGGGAUGUGCUGGUGACAAAGGCGAUUCUGAGUGCUGA